AUGGCGUUCUUAUCAUUUCUCGACGAUUCUUAUGCAGAGACCCACGGUGUACGUCUGAAACGAGAUACUCUCGAGUACACAUGGGGAGCAAUAGUCUCCUCAAUUUUUUGGGGAGCCACCAUUAGCGCUGUGAUGAUCAAGGGGACUGCAAAUUACUUUGGUCGUAGGAAUGGCAUCAUUCUCACCUUCAUCAUUCAAGAUAUUGCACUUGCUCUGGAAGUCGUCAGCUACUUUGUUAACAGCUAUAUCAUUUAUGCAGUAGCGCGGAUCGUGCUCGGUUCUGCAAUUAGUGUCUCGAUAGGUAUAGCGCCAUUGUUUAUCAUUGAGUGUAGGUACGUUUCUCCUCCAACGACACACUCCCCUGUUAGAUGCCCAUCGAACUCCAUUCGUGAAGUUCAAAGGCUGUUACUGUAA